GUUCAACUGAACCAUACACGCUCAGUUUCUGCCAGCCUGAUGGAUCCCACGCUACUCUCUCACUCUCACCGUCACUCUCGCCUACUCGCAUCCACACCCGCAGCCUGAGCCUGGUCUCCAGUGCCAUGACUUCCUCUCCAGCCACUUUAAUUCAUUGCACAGCGGUCUGAGGUUUUCGAUAGAAGAAAUUCUAUCUGCUCCUGACUCGCCUUUGACAAUGUGAAUCAGUGGUCCUUGUCCAUCGUUGCACUCGCCUUGGACGUCUUGCCAACGACACGGAAUUCGCUGUAUCUCCUGAUCAAAAGGCUCAAUAGCACCAGUUGAUCCAUGCCCACGACGCCUUGAAUACACCCACCUGCCUACAAACCUACCGCUUACCAGCCUAUCCCUCUCCACUUUAUACUUGGUCCUCACCAGCCAACACCCCAAAAUAAACCUUGAUUCCUUCCAGCAUGGGCUUCUGGAACGACGGAAUCCGCGAUCGAAGUCCGUCGCGCUCGCCGUCACGACGCAGCCACUACUCUUCACGACCGUCAUAUGCGCGAAGUGCCUCGUCAUUCUUCUCCCUGGGCGGAGGUAGUGGCAAUGGCUCCUACUUUUCGUCAUCAAAGGGCCACUCGAGAGCGAAGCCUCGCGGCGGAUUCAUCAACCGAGUCCGUCGAUUCCUCAGACAAAUAUAUUCAUACAUGCGACGGAACCCAGUCAAGGUGUUUUUCCUCGUCAUCAUGCCCCUCAUCACUGGAGGUGCCUUGACCAGAUUACUUGCCACCGUCGGCGUGCGCCUACCGCGCAGUUUGGAGAAUCUGGUCGGAGGUUCUAGAGGCGGUGCUGAUCGGUUUUAUGCUAGAGGUGGUGCCAGAGAUUUUGUCUCUGGAAGUGCAUUGCCUGGCAUGGGCGGCGGCAUCGGUGAAAGUAUUGGUGGGUUGAUGAAUUUGGCCAAAAUGUUCAUCUAGUUGGUGGUCUUGAAAGGUCAACCAUGCUUGAACUGGUUCUUCUCUCUUGUAUUUGUUCCACAGUCCAUGCCUUGGAAGCAAUCCUGAGAGAGUCUGCUCUUCAUUGGACGCUUCGCUUCGGCUUGGGUACAUAUGGGGCACCGCUGUGCUCCUAACCUGUAACAUGAUACCAGCCAGAUGGCCACUAGCAAUUCUUCUAUUGCCGAUUCUAUCCAAUGCAAAAUCAUACAUCUGGGCUGUAGCCUGUAGACCCAUUUUUCAAGGUGUCUGGCUAUUUGCGACUUUUUUCCUUCUUGCUCCUUUUCUUCACUCCAGAUGAAGUAUUGCCAAAUUCCG